UCCCUCACCUCUCUUUUCGUAUCUCUCCAUCAACAGCACAUUGGUUUGUGUGUCAGCCUGAACCGCUCUCUUUCUUUGAAAACUGGUUUCUUAUUCCCUCUUCUCUGCUAGCUUUACUGUUUUAGAAGAUGUCUAAAACGGAGCAGGUUGUGGGCGACGUUGAAGAGUAUUUCCAGGAACGAGGACCAACUGUCACUUUCAGCAACUUGCUCUACAGUGUUCAGGAGACGAGAUUCUGCUGCAAGAGAGGUCCUGAAAAAUACAUCCUCAAAGAUGUGAGCGGCAUUUUGAGUCCUGGGAUGAAUGCCAUCAUGGGCGCCACUGGAAGCGGUAAAACGUCACUGUUGGAUGUUAUAGCAGGCAGAAAAAACCCUGCAGGACUGAAGCAGGGAAAAGUGUUGGUGGACGGCAAAGUUGUCACGUCUGAACUCAGGCUGAGCUCUGCCUACGUGGUGCAGGAUGAUAUUCUGAUGGGUACCCUGUCUGUGAGGGAGAACCUUCUGUUCAGCGCCAACCUGCGUCUCAACCCUAAGCACCACUCCUCCUCUGACAAAAACAGCCAGGUCGAUGCCAUCAUAAAGGAUCUGGGCCUCACAGACUGUGCAGAUACUAAGAUAGGGACAGAGUUUCUGCGUGGUGUAUCUGGAGGUGAGAGGAAGAGAUGUAGCAUCGGGAUGGAGCUCAUAACUUCUCCCUCUCUGCUGUUUCUUGACGAACCGACCACCGGCCUGGACUCUAACACUGCAAACUGCAUCAUCGGCCUACUGCACAAGCUGUCCAGAAGAGGCAAAACUGUGAUCUUCUCCAUCCACCAGCCACGCUUCUCCAUCUUCAGACAGUUUGACCACCUGACAAUGAUGCAUAAAGGGGAGGCGGUGUACGCUGGAGCAGCAGGCCAGGCACUGGAAUACUUCACAAACCUUGGCUACCAAAUAGAGUCCUUUGACAACCCUGCUGAUUUCUUCAUGGACAUCACAAAUGGAGAAGCGAAAUCAACAUUAGAAUCACUUACUGGAGUGGAGAGUGAAAACCCAUUGGCAUCAAUGUACCGCCAGUCCAAACUGUGCCAGACUGUGCUGGAGGAGUUGGACCAUGUGACCCAGCUCAUCGCUGAGGGAGCCAAAGGCCAAGAUCGGGCGGCUGACUAUGCAACUUCGUUCCUCUAUCAGAUGCGUGUGGUGUGUGGCAGGACAAUGCGGAACACUCUGAGGAACCCUCAGACCUCUUACGCCCAGUUAGCUCUCAACAUCUUCUUUGCCAUUCUGGUGGGACUCAUUUAUUACCAAAUGCCAUUAACGCUGCCUGAGGCUUUACAGAAUAGGAGUGGAGCAUUCUUCUUCCUUAUCAUCAACAUGGUGUUUGGGAAUCUCUCUGCUGUUGAACUCUUCAUAAACGAAAGGGCGAUCUUCAUACACGAGAACUCCAGUGGUUAUUACCGCACCUCUGUGUACUUCCUGUCAAAGAUCUUUGCCGACCUAAUCCCAAACCGCAUCAUCCCCAUCUUUGUGUUUUCAGCCAUCGCCUACUACAUGAUGGGGUUGAAGCCUGCCUUUGUAGCCUUCUUGUGUUUCGCCCUGACCAUGUCUCUGGUCAGUCUGGCAGGAGUUGGGUUGGCCUUCCUCGUAUCAGCUAGUGUGUCUUCAUUCGCCAUGGCUAACAUCCUGAUCGCUCUACCCUUUGUCUUCAUGAUGGUCUUUGGAGGUUAUCUUGUCAAUCUAAACUCCAUGCUGAGUUGGCUCUCCUGGCUGAAAUGGAUCAGUAUCUUCAGAUAUGGACUAAAUGCUGCAUUCAUCAACGAGUUCAAAGGACAGCUGUUCUACAGCAACACCACCAUCAUCCCAGGGGAGCUGUUCCUGAAAGGCCAGGGCAUUGACUACUCCACAUGGGGCUUCUGGCAGAACCAGGUAGCUCUGCUGGGAAUCGUUUUGGUCUGCAUGUUCCUGGCCUACAUACAGCUGCGUCGAAUCAACCGCUGGAAGUGAUUCCCAUCCAUCUGUUCUUAUAUCCAUUAAUCAAGCACUAUGUCUUUAUCUAACUUAUUUAACAGGCCUCAGAUUAAACACAUUGCAUCAUUAGGGGUAAAGAACAUUAAACUAGAGAUGCAUUGUUUUUUUUUAUGUGUGCACAGGAUUAGCUUUCUUAUGUGAAUAUUUAAUUUAUGAUUCAAUGUCAAAAUUCCUUUAUCUUCCUCUUUGUCGCUCUCUCUCUCUCUCUCUCUCUCUCUCCCUCUCUCUUUCUCUCUCUCUCUCUCUCUCUCUCUCUCUCUCUCUCUCUCUCUCUCUCUCUCUCUCAUGCUAGCACACAUAAACAAACACACGUGUUGUAACACUUGAGUCUCCGGAGGAUUAGCUGCCACUAAGCACACCUGGUGUGUGCACGAGGAAAGUGUAGGCGAAAGCAACCGUCAAGCUGACGUCUAAAUCCUCUCUAAGCUCAUUAGAGUGAGUUAACAUUAACUACAGUAAGGAAAA